AUGGCAAGAGUGUUAGAGAAGACAAAGAUAGAAGUGGAGAGUCAGAAGAGUCAGCCGCUGAGAGUGGGAGGACCAUCUACGUUCAGAGGUAGUUUCAGUUCUAGGAGAACUCCUUACUCUAGGCCUCCUUCUUAUGGGUCUAGGAGUUCCUCCUCUCAGACUUCAAUGUCGUCUGGGCAUUCCAGCUUUUCUGGGAAUGUGAGGUGUUACUCUUGUGGAGGGCCUCAUCUUCAGUUUGUUUGUCCUCAAAUGGUCGGUUACAGGAGGUGUAACAUUUGCAGAGGUAAGGGACAUUAUGCCAGGGAUUGUUCUACUGUCAAGAGGGCAGAAUGUUGCGUGUUGUUUGAUUCUGGAGCGACACACUCUUUUGUGUCUGAAACUUGUGUUAAGGAUUUGGGAUUGGUUGUGAGAGAGUUACAGUAUGAUUUGACUGUAUCUACUCCUACUUCGGGGUUGGUCAAGACAUCUACAUUGUGUGCUAGAUGUUCAAUGGUGGUUGAAGAGCGUUAG